GACAAUAAAAAGAGGGAAAAGAGAACGAAACAAGAGGAGGUCGCUCAACCAGGGUGGCGCUCUGUCUCUUUACUUCUUCCGGACUGUUUCAGUUUCAACUGUCCAAUCAACCAGCCGGAGGAGCUUGAACUCUUAUGUGCUCCUCUGCUUUCUACUUUCAGUUUUACUUGAUGUAAUUACUUAAUCAGGAGUUGUUGAAUUUGUGUUUAAGUGAUUCGCAGAGGCCCACUACGUGGCUGAAAUGGCCAAUAAUUCUCAAUCUUCUGGUGUACAGAUGCCUCAUCAACCACCACAGGCUGGUGUUUUGGAUCCUCCUCGAGGUUUUAUUCCACCCAUGCCACUUCAGUUUCGGCCCUUGGUUCCAGCACCGCAGCAACAACAGUUUAUGCCAGUGGCUCCUCAGCAUUUUCAGCCUGUUGGACAAAAUGUUCCUUUAUUGAAUGCUGCAAUGUCAUCUCAAACUCCACAGCCCCAGUUUCCACCAUUGAUGCAACAGCUACCAGCAAGACCUGGCCCAUCAGCACCUAGCCAUCUUCCAACGCCACAGCAGGUAAUAUCAUUUCCAAAUUCGCAGCCAGUUCACAUCACUGCUGGAGCAUCACUACCCCAGCCUAAUGCACAAGCUCCUAGUCUCUAUCCGCCUGGUUCAGGUGCCCUGGGAAGACCUCUUUCUGCAUCAUAUACUUUUGCACCAUCUUCAUAUGGUCAAGCUCAAAUGACUGUUAUUGCUAGUGCUGGAACUCAGUAUCAGCUUCUAUCUCAAAUGAGUGCUCCUGCUGGAGGACAAACAGGUGCAUCUGGUAGCCAGAGCAGUGCUUCUGCAUCAAGCUCGUGAACAACCCAUUGUUACCACUGCCCCUGUACCGCCUAAGCCUACUGAAGGAGCCCCAACAGAUUGGACAGAGCAUUCUUCUGCCAAUGGGAGAAGAUAUUACUUCAAUAAGAGGACAAGACAAUCUACUUGGGAUAAGCCAUUUGAAUUGAUGACACCUAUUGAGCGAGAAAAAAUCGUUGAAAGACAAUGAUAAGAAACAUCGGGAGUGGCAUCAAAGUUCCCAUGAUAGCUUGAAUGAAAAUGAAAAAGAUCAAUCUAAGAAACUCUCAGAGGCAUAACAGUGAUCACAAAAAGUCAAGAAGGCAUGCAACAACACCUGAGUCAGAAGAUGAGAGCAGACAUAAAAGGCAUAAGAGAGGCUACCUUAAUGGUUCUCGCAAAAGUGGCAGUCAUGAAGACCUUGAGGAUGGGGAAUUUGGUAGGGAGGGUGAAAGUUGGUAGUUAUCUUAUCCUGCCAAUUUCUCAUAAUUUUUCACUUUUUUUUGCCUUUUUACUGUAAUCAAUAUUUGAAAGAAUUUUGUUUAAUGAAUCAAAUUCAAGUACAAGACUUGAAGUAUAUUGUGGUCAUUAGUAUGCAGUAGAUUGUUGGUUAGGCAGCUAACAUCUGUCUAAUUGUGAUUUUUAAUGUUUAAUAAAUAUCUAUAGGUAUAUCUUGUUAGUUAUCAA